AUGGAAGGGAGCCUGGAGCAGCCCGGCCCAGGGAGGGGGCCUGGGGACAGCCAAGCCCUCGCCGAGCUCCAGGAGCUGGCCUUGAAGUGGUUCAUGGAGACACAAGCCCCUUCCAUCCUGCAGAAUGGGGCCCUGCCCCCUUGGUUUCACGGAUUCGUCACCCGCAAGCAGACGGAGCAACUGCUAUGUGACAAAGCUCUUGGGUCUUUCCUCAUCCGCCUCAGUGACCGGGCUGCCAGCUACAUCCUGUCCUACAGAGGCAGUGAUCGCUGUCGGCAUUUUGUCAUCAACCAGCUCAGAAACCGGCGCUACUUGGUCUCAGGGGACAACCUGAGCCACGGCACCCUGGCCGAGCUGGUGCGCCAUUAUCAGGAGGUACAGCUGGAGCCUUUUGGGGAGACGCUGGCUGCUGCCUGUCCCCGGACAGAGGACUACGAUCUGUAUGAUGCCAUCACUCUGGGCCUCCACCAGACCAACCUGGGCCUGCAAACCCUACCGGCAACAUUUCCCACCACAGUACCUGACAGGACUGCCAGCCCCCGUGUCCCUGUGAAGGCCCAGGGGUCCUUCCUGCACACAGAAAAGAGCGUAGACCCAGAUCCCUGGAACCUUGCCAAGGAGGACAGCACCAAGGUCCGAAGCAGGGUACCCCCACUCCCUGAGAGGAGUACCUCCCUCCUGGAUAAGUCUCCUGCCACCCCUGGCAACAUCAUCUAUGCGGACCUGAGGAAGACAAGCCAGGCACAGCUGGGUUUGGGCACAGCAGUGUCCAGCCAGGCCUGUGUCCCAGGCAGGGAGGCCCUGCAGAGACUCUCAGAUGGAGACCAAGACAGGCCUGACGACCUGGGGCCUAUUCUCCCUAGGCUGAGCCCAGACCAGGGCCCCAAAACACUUCCCACCUCCUGGGAACCACUCCUGCCCCCCAGCUCCGAGGCCCAGGGAUCCUGGGCUGCUACACGGAGGCAGGGGUUUCAACAGCUGAGCCAUGAGGCUCUGUCCUGUUCCCAGGGCAGCUUUGCUGAUGACCUUGCCAGGGCUACAGGUCUCCUGCAGGAGGCCUGUGAUACAGAUGACCAAGAGGAACGGGCUUAUGAGCAGAUCCCAGCCUGCCGGGGUGGCCCAGCCAAGAUCCUGCCUCCCAGGGCCAGUCCCACAUACAGCACACUGUCAGGGCCCACGAACAGUGCCUAUGAGAGGACCUCAGGGACCCUGGAACUCCCAGAGCGGGGCAACACCUACGAGCAAAUCCCAGCAGCCAGGAGGAAGGAGCCUGGACGGACACAAAAGCCUGACAAGCUCCGGAAGCUCUUCUUUGCAGACAAGAAGCACAGGUUCUGAAGAGGGUCUAGCCC